CGCUGUAGCAGGUAGCGCACACAAACAAAAAGUAGAAGAGAUGGAAGAACCUUCACUUUGACUUGAGUUGAAUUCGCGGUCUUAAAAUUUUUCGAAAUGCCACCAAGUGUGAUCAAAUAUUGCAUACUAACCCUGAUCCUAGUGGUGCUGGUUUAUGCUAGAAGAGAUGGUUUGAGCGGUUUCAGACACGCUAAGGAUGUAUUUGAACGCAGAGACAUUGACUCGCUGAAUCACUUAACCAAACGGGACACAGCGGAAGAAAUCUACAUCCCAGUAAACUCGCACAGGACGAAGCGAAGUGAUCCCUCUAGUGUGGACUUAACGGAUAAAACAUGUCCUGCGGACCCUAGUUUGAGUAAAGGCAAGACUAUCGUUAACGAUGAGUUCAUUUUCACCAAUGAAUCCCGUCUGAGUAUAUCUAUGAGCUGGGUUGGUUCUGAUUUCAAGACAAUUCUUCUGCUGGCAACAUCAGAAAUGCUAAUAUUUGCCACACAGCGAUCUGCUCUCUACAAGAGUUCUGACUUUGGAAAGACAUUCAAGCAAAUAAACACUGAUAUCUUUAAUGCACAUAUCAGGAGAAACUUUGGGAUCCAAAAGAGUCCUGUUGACCCAAAUAGGGUGAUCUUAGUGUCUUAUUCCCUUCCAAUUUUUGGCAAGUUCUCUACACUUUAUGUGACCAUGGAUGGUGCAAAUAGCUGGAAAAGUUUCCAAGCACCUUUUCAAAUAAGUGGGGCAAUAGAAUUCCACCCCCGCAAUAACAACUGGAUUCUGGCGAGGUCCAAUCUAUUAUCACAAGGGGCUUUCUUGUCUACUAACUUUGGCAGAUCUUGGACUAGGCUCAGGUCAUAUGUCAUGAGUGCUAAGUGGGGUGCUCGUCAUGAGUUUAAAGUUGAGAAAGAGGAGUCAUCCAUCUUGCUGACAGUAGCUCCAGUUGAAAAUGGGCAACCCAAUAUUUAUGACUUAGAACUGUGGAGGUCAAGAAACUUAGGGCGCCGUUUUCAGUUACUUGUGAAGCACUGCUAUACAUUUGGUAUCCAGGGACCAUUUCUUUUUGUAUCUGUUGAUCUCAACAAGAACAACCGUACACGCAUAAUGCAUGUAUCUACAGAUGGUGGAGACACAUUUGACAAGGCAGGGGUUCCGUCAAUUUUCCCAGAACAGUUCUACUCCAUCUUAGACAUGUCAGAAGGAAUGGUGUUUUUGCAUGUAGAUAGCCCACAAGAUACUGGCAAAGGAGCACUCUACACAUCAGAUGCAGAUGGCAUUGUGUUUGACAAGUCUCUAGAAAAUCAUGUGUACACAAACUUUGACGCAGCGACUGACUUUUACAAAGUUGAAUCCAUGAAUGGUACUUACAUUACAAGCAUCAUGAAUGCAGAUAACAGCAUCAGUACAGUGAUAACAUUCGAUCGUGGUGGAGAGUGGAAACCAAUACCACUAGAUCAAAACAAGUUAUGCAAAGGCAUCAAGUUUAAUAAAGAUCAGUCAUGCUCCCUCCACAUCCACUAUCGGUUCAGUUUGAGUCGGGGAGUGCCUGGCAUGGUGCAGGGACCUCUCAGUGAAUCCAAUGCGCCUGGCAUCAUCAUUGCUCAUGCCAACCCUGGGGCUGCCUUGAUGGCCGCAAAUAUUGGUAUUUGGGUAUCUCGUAAUGGCGGUUACGAUUGGAAACAGGCACUGAAAGGUCCACAUUACUACUCCAUCGCUGAUCACGGCAAGCUAAUAGUUGCUGUCCCUGCUACAGCAUCAGGAACAUCAGACUUGAUGUAUUCUGUGGAUGAAGGUGCUUGCUGGUACAGAUACCAGUUCACGGAGACAAAUCUUGUGUUCACCGGUCUUGUCACUGCACCAGGCGCUAGGACUCUGCGCUUCAGCAUAUGGGGCUACACCCUCCCCAACAAGACAUGGAGGGUUAUUACUGUCGACUUUGAAAAGCUUUUGACUUUUAAAUGUUUGAACAGUGACUACGAGUCGUGGGUACCACACGGUAGCGGUAAAAACGAAGGCUGUCUGCUUGGAAGGAAGGUCACAUUCCGGAGGGCGAAACCUGACUCGCUAUGCUAUAACGGCGAGGACUUCGUGGGCAUGACUGCAAUGGACCACUGUUCCUGCACGAUGGCAGACUUAGAAUGUGAAUACGGCUUCUACCGGAAGGUGGGCGAAAGCGAAUGUAAGAAGGACCCAACAAAGAAGCCCAAGCUGUGUAUUGGAGGAGAACAGGAAGAUAUCACGGAUAGAGGCUACCGUCGAAUCCCUGGGGAUGUCUGCGAGGGUGGUCUUCCUGACAAGGCUAAGUACUUGGAUGCUCACAAACGGUGCUUCAACUCGAGUUACUACUACUAUGGUAUGGAGAAGAUGCAGAAUGAUCGGCCUAAACCACAGGGUCACAAGACUAAUGUGACAGCUGCAGUGGUUGUGCCCAUCAUGCUCAUCGCGCUUGGUAUCUGUGUCUAUUUUGGCAAAAAGUUCUGGGACGUCAAGAAAUUUAAACCGGGUUACCAGUACUCGUCCAUCCCCACUGAAGCCAAUCAGGGACAUCAGAACGAGGAAGAAGAUGACAUGUUCGACCCAAGGCCCAAGGGACUGCAGCCGUACCAUGACAGUGAUGACGAUGCACCUAUGAUCGACGUCUGAAUCAUAGUCCUAUCUCAAGCACAGAUAAUUAUUUAAUAUUUAAAGAAUAGAAAACUAACAAAAGAAGAGAAAUUGGUGCGUGCAAACAGUGCACGCAUUGCUAGACCAAGAAAAUCUGGAACUUCUUAUACGCCAUGUUGGCAGGUGCUGUGAAGUUGUUCGCCGAUUUUUCUUUGUUUUGAGGCCAGCAAUGUUCGCGCUAUUUGCACUGCUUGGUAUGUCCCUAGGGCUGAUGGAAUAUAAUAUGACCUGACUGCUGAUAAGACUGAAGUGAGUAAAUUUUUAGUUUGGCUAAACAGGUCCUUUUAAAAUGCACGUAUUUUCAAAACAUGUACACCAUUAAAUGAGGGUCUAGACAGGGUUCGGUAUUUUUUCAUUUCCAUAUGUGUAGUGUAUGAAAUUGCUGUUAGCUGUUUCAAGUAAUUGUGUACUGUUAUGCAGACCCCAUCUAGUCCCUCUUGAAUUGAAAAGGUACAAAAAGGCAUCGAUGAGCAAGAUAAUAAUUUUAGCAACUGCAAUACGAGACUGCCGUUUCAACAAUUUAUUGGUCCAGUGCCGUAGCAGACCUCCAAAUGCUGAGGGGGAGGGGGGGGGGGGCACAAUACAGAAACAUUAAGAAAAUAUUUAGGGACACGGCCACGCCCCUACUGGUCAUUUCCUUAUAAUUUUUGAAAAUUUUAGGGGGGCACAUGCCCCCAGUGCCCCACCACCUGCUACGGCCCUGUGGUUAACUGAUUCAUAUAUGUUGGUCAACUCCUGUUUUAUAGUAACCAUGGUAACCAGCCUUAGUUGCAAUAGUAGUAGUAGUAUUUUGUGACGGUUUAACGUCAGAUAUUUUGAUAGAUUUAUUGGCUCUAACAAUUGUACAGUAAAUGUUUUCUAAACAAAUUCCUUUGAUGUAAUGCACAAUUGAGCCUUCAGCGAAAUGCUGUAUAAAUAAAUAAAAAUUUCUACAA